UGAAAGAGGAAAACUCGUAAACACCCUUUCUUUUUUAUCUUCUCUUUCUUUUGUUUUCGUUUACUUCAACAUCCACCUACAAACAAGGAUGUUUCUCUACAACGUACACGCCCCGCACAAGACGUUCGCUUUGACGCAUAAAGCAAAUGAAACUCAGCCCGAGCUUUUGAAGAGGAUCUACGCCAAGUCGGGGCUGGGCGAAGGGGAGAGGAAAGGGACGGGGUUGGUUUAUGAGUUUGAAGGGGGGAGGUGGAGUUUGGAUGAUGACGAUGAUCUCCAAAUCCUUUUCUCUCGAUUCCCGCCUUCCUCCACGCCUUCUGUUACGCUCCACCUCAAAACACCUACCGCUCCUGGCCAACAACACCCCCACCACGCCCAAACGGCGCUUGGCAACGGCAACGCGCCGCCGCCUGCCUACCCUACCUCGCCGUCUGUGAAGAGUAAAACGACCAAGUCGAAGAAGGCGAAGAGCCAUGCUGGGAAAGAGGUGGGAGUGAGAGCAGGGGGAGGAGCAGGGGAGGAGGUGGAUGCGAAUGGCGCGAGGGCGGGUACGACGGACGGCAAGACCCCCGUGAAACGUACGAUCAAACCCCUCAGCCCCCUCUCUGACCCGCAUCACCUCGGAGCGCCUAUAGCAGGCGGCAGCGGGCAAGGUCGCGUCGUCUCGUCCACCUCGCACCUCGCUCCUCCCGGUGCCCACUCCUACUCCCCCGCCCACGCCCACGGGCAAGGGAGCAAGCUCAACGGCGCGCCCUCGGUAUCUGGCGUCUCGACGAAAAGCCGCGCGAAAUCGGUCAUGUCGACGGUUUCGAGGAAGAGCAAGUAUGGGGAUCCGUAUAGCGAGGACUUGGGGGUGGUGAAGCGCCGGGCUUGGGAGGAGUUUCAUGCGAAUAAUGGGGUGAGGACUGUCAUGGGGAAGGUUGGGGAGAUUUCUGGCGUGAGAAUGUUAUUGAAAGCGGGCUAUCGACAUGUUUACGUUUCAAGAGAGUUUGCUAUCCGACACAAACUCGUCCCCAAAAAGUUUGGUACCACCGGCGGCUACGCAGGUAUCCGCACGAUUGGCCAAAUCCCUAUCACUGUCGGCUCUCGGACCGCUCUGCAUGCUGCGUAUCUGACGGAGGAGAAGCACUUUGAUGUGGUGUUGGGGAGGAGCUGGAUGGAGAAGAUGGGCGUGAAGAUCGACCCCCUCGACCAAACCAUCCUCACCUACAUGGACUCUGGCGAGCCUAUCGAGUGCGAUAUCGUGGUGCUGAGAGAUGAGAAGGGCGAUAUCGUUACUAUCACAUGAUCUCUCUUAAUGCCUUUUUGGGGAUAUGAACGGGCAGGGGACGGGGGGGGAUGGUGAGGAAGGGGGUCUUAUCGUACACGGUAUGGGUUCGCAGAGGGUGAAACGGACAUAUACGGGUUGCUUUUGUUUUGGGAAGAAAAGUAUGAUUUAGUUGCUGUUGUUACACGCAUGGAAUAGUAUAUCUCAC